AUGAGGGGGCUUCUCAAGUUCGCUAGUGCGGCAUGCGUGCUGGGCCAGCUGGCAGACGCUGCUGUUACAGUCAAUUUCAACAGUGAUCAAUCGAUCAAGGAUGGAGCGAGCACGAUUGCUUUUGGUCUGUUGAAGUUCUACACAGGAAACAACACUGGUGACGUGCCAGGAAACCUGCCAGACCCUUAUUUCUGGUGGGAGGCAGGAGCGAUGUUUGGAACGAUGAUCGACUAUUGGCUGUUGACUGGAGACUCAACCUACAACGACGUGACAACGCAGGCCAUGCUUCACCAGGCUGGAGAGGACGCCGACUUCAUGCCACGAAACCAGACUAAGAGCGAAGGAAACGACGACCAGGGAUUUUGGGCGAUGGCGGCGAUGAGUGCAGCAGAGAACAAAUUCCCGGACCCGCCAAAAGACCAGCCCCAAUGGCUAGCGCUCGCCCAGGCCGUUUUCAAUCAAUAUGUCACCCGUUGGGAUACCGAAACAUGUGGCGGCGGAUUGCGGUGGCAGAUCUUCACUUUCAACAACGGCUUCAACUACAAGAACUCCAUCUCCAACGGCUGUUUCUUCAAUAUUGCUGCUCGACUAGCGAGGUUUACGGGUAACCAGACGUAUGCCGACUGGGCGGAAAAGAUUUGGGAUUGGGAGACGAGCGUCGGGUUGAUCACGCCGGACUUCAAGAUCUACGACGGUGCAGGAGUCGACAACGGCAAGAACUGCCAGGACAAGGAUACGAUCCAAUGGUCUUACAACGCGGGUAUUUUCAUGCACGGUGCUGCCGUCAUGUACAACCAUACCCAAGACAAGAAGUGGUUUACCCGCACCGAGGGCGUCCUCACCGAAGCGACCACGCUUUUUUUCAACCAGAGCGCCAUCAGCGAGCAGGCUUGCGAGCCUUUUACCCUAUGCGACAUUGACCAGCAGACUUUCAAGGGCUAUUUGGUUCGUUGGAUGGCUGGGACCGCGCAGGUCGUACCUGACUUGUUCGACAAGAUCAUGGGUCUCUUGAGGCCCAACGCCGAGCUAGCCAUGUCGGUAUGCAACGGAUCGCCGGCUACUGGAUUCAAAGGCAAACCCGGAACGGCCUGCGGCUUCAAGUGGAACCCCAAAGGCCAAUUCGACGGUCUGGUCGGCGUGGGUCCUCAGAUGAGCGCUCUCGAUGCGGCCAUGUAUAUGCUGGUGAAGAAGUCCGAUGUCAAGACCGCACCCGUGACGGCCGAUACUGGAGGAACUUCCGUCGGCAACCCCAAUGCCGGCAUGAGCUUGCAGCCUAAGAUUCCCACAUUACCGCCAAUUGAGACCAAGGACAGGGUAGCCGCCGGCUUCGCCACGACAGCCAUGGUUCUCAGCGUCGUUGGCGGAUGCUUCUUCAUCAUGAAAUGA